GCGUAAUGGCCUCUCCGAUCCAUUUGCUUCUGCAACUCAAACUGGAGCAGCAGCAGAACAAAGGCGGUCGGGAUCUCUAGCAGUCAGCCGGCAGUUCACUUCAAUGGCGGCCAUUUACAGCCUCUACAUCAUCAACAAAUCAGGAGGCCUCAUUUUCUACAAGGAUUACGGCUCCGCGGGACGGAUGGAAACGAACGAUAGCUUGAGGCUGGCGAGUUUGUGGCAUUCGAUGCACGCGAUCUCUCAGCAGCUUUCGCCUAUCGCUGGAUGUACGGGUGUCGAGCUUCUUGAAGCUGAUACUUUCGAUCUUCAUUGCUUCCAAUCGCUUACGGGAACAAAAUUCUUUGUGGUCUGUGAGCCAGGAACGCAGCAUAUGGAUGCCCUUCUGAAACACAUAUAUGAACUUUACACAGAUUAUGUUCUAAAGAACCCCUUCUAUGAAAUGGAGAUGCCAAUCCGAUGCGAACUCUUCGAUAUCAACCUGGCACAAGCAGUUCAGAAGGAUCGUGUUGCCUUGAUGGCACGCUGAAAUUUCUGCUAUCUAUUGUUUUAGAUAAUUAUAUAAAUUUGCAAAAGGUUUAAUCCUCUAGUUUGUUUUAGCAAGUCGUGUGGAACAACAUUGUUUGAAUGAGAGUCCAUUUGCUGCAGCUUAGCAGUUAGAACAGAAAAAGUCUCUCUCUUCUUUGCUUGACACUUUGACUAGAAAGAAAAUAGAAAAUGAAGCCAGUACGACAAUAUUUGUAGUUUCUUUCUUCA